UGGAUAUGGUUAUAACUGUGUUAUGAAUUUAAGUGUUGAUGUAGAGUUUUCUGUACUCCCACGCACUGAUACAGGCACUCAUACACAUCUCCAAUAAUGAUAAUAACGAUACUAAUGGCUUGAGAAAUACAGCACUCAAAGUUGCUUAGGAUGCUAUACCAAAAAUGAUAAGUGAUGUAAAUCAUUGUUAGCUUUUGAAACUUCAUCUUUUGCCGCUGCCAAAAAAACAUAAAAAUUCACUUAAUUUAUUUUAUGCAGCAGGGAAAUUUCUCACAAUGAUUGAAAUUCACAAACAUGUGGCACAGUUAGUGAGUUUUACAGAGCUGCACGUGGUUAACUUCUUUGUGAUAUUGCGAGGAAUUUUUUGUUAAUCUUGCUCUCGAAAUUCAACAAUAUAAGUCAAUAUCAAAUGAAAAUUCUCUACGGAAUCGUAUAAAUCGCAUGCCAGAUAAAGAUAUUGCUCAUAUGGCUAAUAUUGAAAUUAAAAGUAGUCGUCAAAAUGUUAUUAAUAAUCAUGAAAAUAUUACACGGCUUGAACAGGCAGAUGAUGCUAUUGAAGAUGCUAUUGCACUUAUUAACAAUAAAAAUACAUAG